AUGGCGUGCCGCAGGGCGCUGCGGGAGCGGCAGGCGCUGAGGCACCAGGGCCUCUGCGCCCCUUUCGUAGCACUGCUGGACACGCUGGAGCUGACGGCCGUCACCAUGCGAGCGCGCCCAGAAGUCGCGGAGAAAUCCAAGGAGCUCGCGACUGCCUUGAAAACCAGGCCCGGCGCAUUGCCCGCCUGGAGAACCUUUCGUUGGACUCAUUGGCGCCAGGAGGUGCUGAAGAGGCACCGGGAGACCAUCCUGGAGGGGGAUAUCGACUUCCAGUACAAGGGCAACAAUCUUCUUGAGCUGGCGGUUGCCAACAUGCCUGCCGCAGAAGUCGAGGAGGUCGCAGCGACGUUUCUGAGUGGAGGCGCCGAUGUCAACAGUCCAUCGAAAGACGGCUACACGCCGCUGCUCUCCGCUUGCAGCCGCGGUUUGGCAAAGGUGGCGCACGUCCUCCUUCAGCGCGGUGCACGCAGGUGCCAUGCUCUGCCACAAGGCGGCACAGCUUUGGAGGAGGCGCUGGCCUUCUUCAAGGCCUGCGAGGAGUACAGGGCCUAUGAGCGAGAGGAGGACCUGGACCUGGGAAGACUGUGCUGCCACUUGCGGAGCCUGAGCAUCGAGGCGGCACAGAAGAAAGGCCUGGAGCCCUUGGCGUCGGCGCGCCUUCAGCUGUCCCAGGCGGCGGUGGCGCUGGCCCUGUUAGGCCCCACUGGCAUGGCUCUGACCCAGGAGCAGGUCUUGGCAGAGAGCGGCCUGGACCACAGUCUUGUGGAUGCUCUGGGCCCGCAACUUUGGGCAGGAUGGCCGUGGGCUUUCUUGACCUUCGAUCUCGACAUCCCAGAGGAGGCCGCGACUCCGUCGGUAGACUUUGCCAAUGCCAGAUCUCGCAUUCUCUCCUUCAAGCUGAGCCAGGAGAAGAAGCCGUCGAGAGAGGGGAGCCGGAACCGUGGCCCUUUUGAGGACUACUGGUCGGUGUACUCAGACUACAUCUGCGAGUGUCCGCUUUGCAUGCCUGAGUGCUACCAUGUGCUCCGCAGGUGUCGGGCAGGAGCGGAUGGCCAAAAUCUGGUAUUUCGCAAGAUGAGGCGCCCCCAAGCUUGGUUGCACCAGUGCUUCGACGAGUACAACGAGGACCGGAAGCUCCGAAAUCGGAAAUGGGAGAGACGUGAUGGCCGCCGUCACCGGCGUGUGCCCGUUGCCUCCUUCGCCUCCCGGGGAGCCUCCUACUCGGCGAGGAUGGCGCGGCGGAUGCCGGCUGCCUACAGGGGGCACCACGUGGAGCAGAGCCUGCAGGGAGGGCGCAAGAAGCUUCGGAAGUUCCAGCUCGUCCAGGAGCAGCUCCGGAUGGAUACUUGCCCGCUGUGA